AUGGACACGCCAUUGUUAUUGGAGAGGGAUGCAGCAGAGUUGUACACUCAAACAAUGUUUUAUGAGGUACAGAAAGAGAUAAUGUCAUCUUGUUAUGAUAUGAGUAUCAACAGUAUAUCAGAACAAGAUGGUGUGAAGAUUUUUUUCAUAAAGGACAAAAAGAGACAUGGAAAAAUAUUUGAGGUGAAACACGCUGUUUUGAACAAUGACGUGCAAUGUACGUGUAGGAUGUUUGAGAAAAUGGGUAUAGUAUGUAGACAUGGUUUUUUUGCACUGAACCAAGCUGAUGUAUCAAAAAUACCAAGACAUCUUGUUGUGAACCGAUGGACAAAAGGUGCUGAGAUGAGACAUUCAUUGCAGUUCAAGGAAAUAUCAGAACAGUGCAAAGCAAUUAAAGUUACAAAUCACAAGUUGAAUGACAUAUGGUAUGAUUUCCAAUCCUGUGUGAGUUUGGCAGGUUUAGAUGGUGAGAGACUUGACUACCUGGAAGGGAAGUUGAAGGAGUUGAAGCACAGUUUGCGUGAAUCUAGUGGGAAAUCUGACACAUAA